AUGAGAGACCAGGCUGACAAGGCUACAGAGGAAUGGGAGAAGCUGAAUUAUGACAUAUACACGUUGCGCUACGCCAGACGAGAAGUCAGAUCUCGGUGGAAGAAAAUCCUGCUGCAGCUCGGUUAUCAGUGCGAGGCAGAUGCCCUGCUGUGUGUGAACAGGCAGAGCCGGCUCAUCCGAGAGCAGGAGCAUCUCAACAAAGCGGCCGAACUGUUGCAACAGCUGCUGGACCACACCUCGCUGUUUCCUCCAGAGACCGGGCGCCAGAACAGAUACCUCUAUGUCAUGGACCGCCUGGUGUCACUGGACAGUGCUGAGGAGUUUGUCCGAUUGGCCAAAGAAAAAUAUCCCAAGAAAGUAGGUUGAGAGACAGAGAGAGGAAGAAGAAGAAGGCGGCAUAAAUGUUGAGGGAC